GAUACUUUUCAGACGAGCUAAAGACUAGUUGAGGUUGAUAUUCUAGAUUCAGUUCGAGUGCGACUUUCCUUGCGUUAAGACUUGUUUUUUCCGAAGCUUAAACCAUACGUCCAUUGGAAACCGUGUCAUCUUACAAAAAUAAAAAAAAAAUAAGAUACUUCCCAUCAAAAAAAGAUACAAAUUGAAAAAUAAAUAUAUUGCCGGUUCGGUAAAUAAAAACUGAAUUAUAGUGAUUUAUGUGAUCAAUUAGUGAAUAUAUCUAUCAAUCUACACUGAAAGAAAAAAAAAUAAAAUAUUUGAAAAAAUUUAAACACUUUAAGUGACUUGUGGAAAAAGAUAAAAUAAAAAAGGAUUAGUUCCCUGUGGAUUACCAAAAAACCAUCUUGCAACUUAAAGGAUUAUUAUCUUCAUUAAUAAAAACUUUCUAAAUAACAACUAAUUUAAAAAAAACAUGGUUGUAUUAGAAGGUGGCGGUGGUGUUGUUACCAUCGGCAACAAUCAAUAUCUUCAACCGGAUUACCUAUCACCUUUACCAAAUACGAUGGAUUCUAAAAAAUCCCCUCUAGCCUUGUUGGCCCAAACAUGCAGUCAAAUUGGAGCUGAUUCCAAUGCUGUCAAACCCAUCUUAGGCAUGGAUAAGAAAAAGAAUGGAUCAGGAGGUAAUCAUAAUGAUUCUUCCUCCUCAUCAUCAUCGUCUUCAUCUUCAUCAUCAUCAACAUCGAAAUCACCAUCCCAAGUGAAAACCCCCAAAUCAAGUACACCUCAAGCUGCAUCAACUGAGAUCAAACUGGCAUUCAAGCCAUACGAAGCAAAUGUAUUGAAUCAUCAACACAUGACAAAGUCUGAAGAUCAUAUGCAACAACAACAGCAACAACAAAUGCAACAUCAACAACAGAUGCAACAGCAGCAUCAGCAACAACAGCAACGUCCAAGUUCAAAGAGUUCGAGUUCAAGUGAUUGUGGUGGUCGUGUACCAUCACGCAACAAGUCCAAUUGCAGUCCUGAAAUCAGUGUGACAAGAACCUCGGAGGAGCAGCAUCACAUGAAUGGCAAAUCAACUCCAAAUGGUGAUAAUCGUAAGACUGUGUCUCCAUCGGGUUCGUCACAGCGUGGAGCAAGUCCAAUUGUUCGAUCGGGAAUGGAAGUUCUCCAUGGACAUCCAUCGGCUUAUAAGAGCAAUGCUGGUCCAUAUGGUCCACUAAACCCUCUAUCAGCACUUUGCUGUCCUCCGGGAAUGGAACAACAUGCUAAUCCCGCUUUCCGUCCACCAUUUGGCGGUGGAUAUGCAGCCCAUCAUCAUGCUGCUAUGUUGGCUGCUGCUGCAGCAAAUGGUUAUCCAGGAGCCCAGGGAAAUCCAAACCCCUACAUCAGUUAUCAGAGGAUAAAGACUCCAUCGGGAGGCGAAGCAAUUGUCCCAGUUUGCAAAGAUCCCUACUGCCCGGGAUGUCCCUACUCGCAACACACUCAACAAAUGCUGAUGGGUGCCCCCUGUCCAAGUGGCUGCACACAAUGUGAACACCAGAAAUACGGUCUAGCGAUGGCUGCCUCAAUGGCUGGUUCCCUGCCACCAGGUCAUCCGUACUCAGCUGCUGCUGCCGCUGCAGCUGCAUCUGCCGCCCAAAUGCGUUCAUCGCCAUACGUUUGCAGUUGGAUCGCUGGAGACUCGUAUUGUGGCAAGCGUUUCAACACAUCCGACGAACUAUUCUCACACUUGCGCACCCACACUGGCAACCUGUCCGAUCCAGCUGCUGCCGCUGCAGCUCUAGCCCAAUCACAGACCCAGUCACUGCUCAGUUCACUGUUUCCUCCGUCGGCAUUGCAACGUGGUUACCCCAAUGCUCCACUCAGUCCCAUGUCCGCCGCUGCAGCUGCUGCUGCCGCAGCUCGUUACCAUCCAUAUGCGAAACCAGGUUCCCUGCCAUCACCAUUCGGAGGCGGUGGAGGUUUCAACCCAGCAGCAGCUGCUGCUGCUCUAGGACCUUAUUACUCUCCUUAUGCCAUGUAUGGUCAGCGAAUUGGAUCAGCUACAGUGCAUCAAUAAGUGCAUGGUAGGACCCGAAGCCCAUCACCUCUAAAACUGGAUACCAAAAACAAGAGAUGAACCGGAUGAACUUAGAGCAUCUUGCUUCUGACUUUCAAGUUGGGAGUUUCACCUGUGAUACUAAAAAAAAAAAAGAAUAACAGAAUGUUUAAUUUUUUUUUGAAAAAAAUUUGUUAAAACAAAAAUUCGCAGACAUAAAAGCGAUUUUUAAUCAUUAAUUUGAUAAUGUUAUUUUAUUUUUUAUUAAAUAAUUAUUAUUAUUACUCCGCCAAAGGAUAUAAAACAAAAGAAAAACAAAU